AUGGACUCUUCCUCCCAAGGGCACGUACUUCGCCCCUACCACCAACCACGUGAAGACUUUUCGUUUAUCUCUACCACGCCCUCGCCGCUUGCCGGUGGGGCACAGCGAGCUGGCUCGAAUGCCGAUGUAGGCGGGGCGAACGCCUCCGCGGCCUCGUCCGCCUUGUCUCUCCCACGCGCCAACAACCGGUACUUGCCACCGGAUGCGGAUGCUGCACUGGAUAUGGCCUCGGCAAAAACGUCCAUUGGUGCUAUUGUGACGUCGUUACUUGUGAGUGGCGCCUUGCAAUACACCAGCACGUGUCUUGCGAUGCCGUUCGAGGUGGGCAAGUUGCUGCUGCAAGUGCAGUGGGUGCCGCGUGAGGAUGUAUGGCUCAAGCUGCAUGAGCCGCAAGCCUCGGAACGUGCGAGAAAGUCGUCGUCCCUGCAUGAUAUCGACGAGGACCCAUGGAGUGAUACGCCAGAGAAGGCCAUUACGCCUUGGGGCAGCGACGACGACGAGGAUCACGACAGAUACUUCCGUGAUCCAUCUACUCCCACCUCGCAAGGAAAGACCAAGUCGGCGCCACGUACGCCUGUGCGCCGCGUGGAUGCCUAUGGAUACGUUGUACCCGACAGCCGUGGCGAUCAAAGUGCACGGCCCGAGUUCUUGAUGCCCAUCGUCGUCAAGGGCGGCGUGUGGGAAAUGAUCAAGGCUGUAGCGCGUGGCAAGGAAGGGUGGAUGGGUCUGUGGAAAGGCGCGCUGACCACCUUUUUGUUGGACGUCUCUACCUCGACGCUGCAACCCAUUCUCUCUGGCAUUUUGUCGAUCUUUGCUCCUACAGCACUGAACCCCAUGCCCAUUGCCUUCUCACCCAAGCCGUUGACGACGCUAUCUCUGCUCAUGACGUCGCAUCUUCUGACCGGCAUCCUCGUCUCGCCGUUGGACCUGGUGCGCACGCGUCUUAUUGCGCAGUCGACGCUGCGGCAGCACCGCAAGUACACGGGUCCCUUGGACGCUCUGCGCACCAUUUUCCGUGAAGAGGGCGGGUGGCGUACGACGUACUUGCAUCCCAACCUGAUCGUUCCAACCAUUCUCGACUUUUUGUUCCGUCCGCUCUUUGCGCUCGGUGCGCCGCUUGUGAUCGAGAAUGUGUUCCAUCUCGAUCCCAGUGCUGUGCCGAUUUCGUAUGCGCUGGCCGAGCUGGGUCUCUCGACGUUGUCGCUCAUGAUUACGCUGCCUAUUGAAACAGUACGUCGUCGUCUCCAGCUGCAGUACCAUGAGCCGCUGCGCCCUGAUUCCAUGCAGGGCCUCCUCGCCGUGCCCAACGCGAACACGGGCCGUCGUGGAUUGCGGACGUGCGUGGAGACACGCCCGGUGCCGUACAGCGGCGUGGCGGAGGCCGUAUACCGUAUCGUCACGGAAGAAACGACGAUCGUGCCGGUGCGCCGGGACGACAGUGACGACUCGUCGACCAUUGCCGUGAGCGGCCAGGACCGUUUCGGUGGCAUCCGUGGCCUCUAUCGUGGUCUAGGCAUGGGCUUCACAGCGAAUCUACUUGUGUUUGUCCUGACACUCCUCACGGGCGAGCGCCAAGGAUCCACAGGCUGGACGGAAAUCUAG